AUGGUCAGAAUGGAUGCUGAAGAGGACGAAAAUAAAUAUGUUGACCAUAAGGUUCUCUCUCAUCCACCACUAAGGAUGCAGCAGAUCGUUGAGCGAGGGUGCUCAGCCACAAUGGUGGAUCUUCAAGCGACUUUUUCCAACGCCUCGGAUUGGCUUCAUGUGCAAAAAGCUAAAUUGAAAGAAGUUAUCAGAGAAGCGAGCGGAAACAGGGCAGUACCGAGAACGCCUCGCCGAGGCUUAACAUUCAAGCAGUUCCGAGAGACGGCAGAGAGUUAUAGUCGUAGUAUUUUAACAUUUGAAGAUGAUGUCGAAGAGGAAGUACUGCACAGAGGAGAAGGAGAUGCAGCACAAGCGGAUGAGAUUACUUCUACACCUGUUGCGGUGGUACAGGAAGCAUGCAUCACUGAUCAGAUAGAAACACCUGCAGUGAUGGACUCACCGAGGAGUCAGGGUAAUGAAAUGAUGUCGAAGCCGAAACUUCUUAUGAAGAUGCUGCGUGCUCCAUCAAUGGAGGAGAAGACAUCGCAAAAGACAGAAACGAAGGAUCGGAAUGUGUGCAGUAUAACUCAGAUCGAGCUGGAAAGCCCAGCAGUUACCGCAUCGCCGAUUCCUGUUCGUUCCCAAUCAAACGCAGCUGAGGCUGUAGUAACGAAUCUUCAUGUCAAGCAAGAAAUUCUUUCUUCCCAACGGACGCUGCCAAGCCUUGACACUCCUUGCACGGCUUCCACAGAGACGUGCGAGAGGAUUACAAGAUCUGUUGCCAAAACAAAUGCAGCGAUUUAUGCAGUAAGUUUUAAACCAGUUUUGGGGCUCAAAAUGGUAGUAGAGAACUAA